AGCUGACAGCGCGCUCGCUUGCAGUGCAGACAGACUGUUACGCCCUCUUAAACACUGUCAUAGCCACAUUUACUUCGGUAAACUUCCUCAAAUAUGCCGUUAAGCCAUUAACUUCCUCUCUGAAGGGUGAACGCACUCACGUCCUACAGACUUCAACAAUUACUUCCACAGCAGCGGGAUUUCGGUCCUCGAGAGCAUCUGAUAUGUUUGACUGCUGAAGUUGAGUGGUCAUCUUUCUAUCAUGCAGAGCAUCAAGUGUGUAGUGGUGGGAGAUGGAGCAGUGGGAAAAACCUGCCUGCUCAUCUCAUACACGACCGGCGCAUUCCCCAAAGAGUACAUUCCCACCGUGUUCGACAACUACAGCUCCCAAGUCACCGUGGACGGCCGCACCAUCAGCCUCAAUCUGUGGGACACGGCAGGCCAGGAGGAGUACGACCGCCUUCGCACACUGUCCUACCCUCAGACCAACGUCUUCAUCAUCUGCUUCUCCAUCUCCAGCCCCCCGUCCUAUGAGAAUGUCAAGCACAAGUGGCACCCAGAGGUGACGCACCACUGUCCCAGCGUGCCCAUCCUGCUGGUGGGGACCAAGAGCGAUCUUCGCAACGACGCAGAUGUGCUGAAGAAGCUGAAGGAGCAGAACCAGGCGCCCAUCACGCACCAGCAGGGCCAGGCUCUGGCUCGCCAGAUCCACGCCGUCAAGUACCUGGAGUGCUCAGCACUCAGCCAGGACGGCAUCAAGGACGUGUUUGCAGAUGCAGUGCGUGCCUUCCUCAGUCCCCAACCUGUGGCUGCAAAGAAGCCCUGUAUACUCCUCUGAAAACACACAGAGCAUUGAGGUAUUUUAACUGAAUUACGUGUAGAAAUGGUGGGAAUGUUUGGAAUAACAGAUCUUUAGUGACCAAGAAACACAACCUUAAUCUGUGAAAUUAGAGAAAUACAAGAUCAAGUCAAAUCUGAGGUUUUCACACUGUACUGAGAUUUUCAUUUUUUUAAUGUUUUUUUUUUCAUAGAAUAUUU